GAUAGUGCUAACUCCGGCACAGUUUCCGUUGCGUCUUACUUGAUUGUCGUGGCUUACCUCCGAUAUCAGUGGAGAUUCCCAGUCCGCUCGGGGGCAGGCGAUGCGGCCGCAUCGUCCGCAUCGUCCGCACCGCCCACGCGUCCUGCGCGGCCUGAUUCGGAGAUGAUGUUCCGUGAAUGAAUAAAAGGCUGCCUUGCCGCUGAUGGCAACGCUGGUUAUCCCUUCGUGUCCCUUCUUGGCUAUCUAUCCCUUGGAUUGCGCAUCUUCCAACACAGCACUGCACUCUGCCAGACUCCGACCUGAACGGCUCGACAAGCAUCUCCAAACAUGCAUCUCAUCCUCACCGGCGCGACUGGCCUGGUCGGCUCAGGCGUCCUCGACGCCAUGAUCAAGAUGAAGGACGUCACAAAGAUCUCCGUCCUCAGCAGGAGGCCAGUCCCUAUGGCCGAGGACGCCAAGGACCCCCGCGUCGACGUCAUCAUCCACAAGGAUUUCGAAAAGUACGACACGGAACUGCUGGACAAGCUCAAGGGCGCGAACGGUGUCGUGUGGGCCCUGGGCAUCAGCCAGAAUCAGGUCAGCAAAGAGGCCUACGUCAAAAUCACCAAAGACUACGCCCUCGCGGCGGCAAAGGCCUUCGCCGACCUCGCGCCGGGCGACGAGCCCUUCCGCUUCGUCUACGUCUCGGGAGAGGGCGCGACCCAGACGCCGGGCCGCUUCAGCGCCAUCUUCGCCCGCGUCAAGGGCGAGACCGAGACGGCCCUCUCCGAGAUGCGCGCCGAGAACCCGCGCCUGCGGACCGAGUCCAUCCGCCCGGCCUAUGUCGACAACAAGGACCACGACGCCAUCAAGCCUUACGUGCCGACCCCGGAUGUCACGUACAAAGUAACGGCUACUGUACUGGGCACUCCGAUACGGGCGUUUGCUCCGUCGUAUCACAGCCCGACCGAAGCGCUGGGGAAAUUCAUGGCGGAGAUGGCCAUGGGUAAGGUCGACUCUGGAUUGGCUGCUGGUGGCAAGGACAUUGUCACGUUGAAUGGCGGGCUGAGGGUCGUGAGCAAUGUUGCGUUUCGGAGGUUGGCCGGCUUGGCCUGAUACAUGAAACACCCGGAGGGAAGACUGCAUAAAGCAGAGAUGAGAGCGGUCUAUGUACACAUAUGUAUAUCAUUGCGGCGAGUUUCAAAUCACGAUUCCAACUGUUACGAGUUGAGGCGCACAGCAGGGCAUAUUACAUACAUGGGAGAAGAGUGAAAGUUGCUUGAUUCUAGAGAAAUGCCUUAGAUUGCAUACUCGAUUGAGAGAGAGAGAGGCGCCAGGCACGCGAUAAGAACAUUGUCACGUUUUGUCUCUGGUCAAGGUUCUUAUCUCCACAAGGUGUUCUCAUCGCACAGAGCGCUCAUCAGAGCCACGUUAGUGAAUGACGAGGAC